CCAGGCGUUGCUCCAAGCGUCUGCUCACCAGCUCUAGGCCAUAGUCAAGCGUCUCGUUUGCAGUUGCCGGCACCAAAAGAGGACGUGUCACCACGUGAUGGGUGGCUGCCCUCAUCAUGAUAUCCAGCGCAUCGCAUCUGGCGAGGAGGCCAUCUCUAAAUCGUUUACGGAGAGUAUUUAUAGUCGAUUCUCAGAAUCGUUCUGGCAGCUUGCUGAGCAGAUUUCGCUGCUCCUCAACUGUGAUGUCUGGCAGUACCAGUUUUUGUAUUUGCACUGGCUGGCCACGUAUGCUGUCCAUAAUACUGUCUCUGCUGUCGUGUGGGUCCGGUUGUCGCCGCCGCUGUGCGAAAUCGCGUUCUCGUUCCUCGUUCGCUUUAGCUUCAUUAUACUCCUCUUGUAUGCGAAUAAGUGUUGGUAAUAAAGGCCGAAGCUGUCUUUUCAAAAUUUGC